AUGGACACGAUGAAUGUGCUCGCGGCGCUGGACGACCUCGACUCCAUCUCCGGUAACCCGCACCAGCAGCAACAGCCGCCCCAGCACCAACACCAACACCACCAGCAACAACACCAGCACCACCACCACCAGCAGCACCACCAACACCAGCACCAACAGCAGCACCACCAACAGCAACACCACCAACAACAGCAGUACUCGCAGGCUGUGAAUCGUUCCCGCAACAACUCGGAGAACACGCUGCCGCCGCCACCGCCACCGGUCACAUCGCAGCCAUCCAUGCAGCAGAACCGCCGCCGAUAUGCAGAGGCCCUUCGCGGCGUCAGCUCCGAUGACGGAUCGGGCGCAACCACCACAACCACGGCGGCGACGACGACAACUGCGACAACUGCAGCCGCCACAGUCAACAGCGGCAGCGGCACCAGUGGUGAUGGUGGCAUGCCGGCGUCUCCGCUCCGCUCCACAUCCUCCCUGUCGUCAUCAUCCCUCUCCCGCUCGCACUCGCAGUCGCACGCGCAGUCGCUGUCGUCGUCCACAGCAGGCGGCGCGGCCAACAUGGGACAGCACGGCAGCACCAACGGCAGCACCAACGGCAGCAACGGCGGAUACAUGGGCGGUUUGGCCAACGGGGCCUCGCCAUACAUGGCCCCGUUCCCAUCGCACCAAGGCGACUACGACUUCGGAAACACGAACACUGCCGGCGGCAGCAGCAACAACAUGCACCUCCUCAAGCACCCGCACCCCAUGCAGUCCCAACAGUCCCAGCAGUCCCAGCAGCAAGGGUACUAUGGUGGCGGCAUGAACGGCACCAGCGGCAUGACACCGCCCUCAUAUCACCCGGGCAGCGACCACCGCUCGCAGUCGCCAUCGUCAUCCAUGAUGAUGGGUGGUGGCGGCACGCGUGAGGUGCGCGCCAACUCCCUCCCGCCAUCCGGCUACCAGCAGCAGCAGCAGCAGCAACAGCACAUGCCAACGUUCCCGAUGCAGUCGCCUCGUGCAAACGGGUCACAGUCGCCGCACCACCACAUGCGCGGGCAGGCCGAUGGCAUGGAUCCUGCGCACCUCCAAUACCAGCAGCACGGCAUGCCAUACCAGCAGCAGCACGGUAUGGGCAUGGGACCAAUGGGCGGUGGUGGUGGUGGUGGUGGUGGUGAUGUGCGCACCACACGCUCCCAGUCGCUGUACGCGCCAUCCGAACAACAGCAACACCAGCAGCAGCAACACGGUCACUCGUCGGCCACCAACCUCCUCUCCACACAACAGCAAAUCAUCCCAGGCAAAAUGUUUGUUGGCGGCCUCAGCCCCGAAACCAAUAGAGACCGGCUGAAGGGGUACUUUUCGCGCUUCGGCGAAGUCGUCGACUGCGUGGUCAUGACAGAUGCAACCACAGGCCGCACAAGGGGCUUUGGGUUUGUGACGUUCCGUGACGGGCGGUGCUGCGCCAAGGUGCUGCGGGAGCGGCCGCACAUUAUCGACGGGCGUGAAGUCGACCCGAAGAUGGCCGUGCCGCGCGAGCAGAUGGAGCAACACUCCCGGUCGUCGUCGGCGCCAGCCGCACCUCGAGGCAGGUCUGCCCGAAAGGUGUUUGUCGGUGGACUGCCAUCCAACGCAACAGACGAGGCCCUGAUUGGCUUCUUCUCAAACUUUGGCGAGAUUGAGGAGGCAGUUGUCAUCCACGACAAGCAGACUCGCCUCCCGCGCGGCUUUGGCUUUGUCACGUUUGUGUCGGAGCAGGUGGCGGAGCACGUUGUCUCACUGCACUACCACGACCUGCUCGGCAAGAUGGUGGAGGUGAAGCGUGCCGAGCCCAAGGCAACCGAUGGCAACCGCUCCCCAAGCAGGAACUACAGACAGCCAAGCCACGGCCGGGCUGCCUCGACGCAGCGGUACGGGGGAGUGCCGCCACCGCCACUGCAGGACGCCGCAGGUCGCCAGCGGUCGUUCAGUGCUCGCGCGUGGUCCGAUGCUGGACACGUGCCACCAUCAGCAGCUCCCGGUGCUACUCCCAUCAACACCCAGCAGCAGCAGCAGCAGCAGCAGCAGCACAUGCUGGCGGCGCACGAGACGGCGGUUGGCAGGGCACGUUCCCGCUCUCUCCAGGCACAGCACGGCAUGAUUGACCCGGAUGCGUACACGGCGGCGUACGGCGGGCCGUCGCCACUGGCGCAGGAGCAGCAGUGGUCCACUGCCGGACACGACAUUGCAGACAGCAUGGCUCGCCUGACCGUGUCACACCAUCACCAGCAGCAGCCGUUUGGCGGUGCCAUGGACGCACGCGGCGUGGCCCAGCAGCUCCACGGUGGUGGCAGCGGAGGAUAUGGCGCCCUUGAACCGCUGCAGCAGCUGCGCGAUCUGCCUUCGCUCGGUAACAGCAGCAGCACCAACAACGGCAGCAGCAGCAGUGGCGGUGAUGACAUGCGCCAGCGCAGCCAACAGCAGCAGCAGCAGCGCAUGAUGACGCUCAACGAGAUGCUGUACUACCAGCAGCCGGGCGCUGCCAGUGCACAGCAGCGGCGCGUGGCUCCGGGGUCGCCCCAGCAGAUGGGCGGUGGGUUUGGCUCUCCGCAGUUCCAACCACACUACCCACAGCAACAGCAGCAGCAGCAGCAGCAGCAGCAGCAGCAGCGGCAGACGUCACAGUCUCCCAUCCCCUCGCACACCCCGCCGCACCCCUACAGCCCACACCACCACCAGCAACAGCAGCAACGUGCAGCCAUGAUGGCACAGGAAGCUGCAUUCCGGCAGCAACAGCAGCAGCAGCAGCAGCAGGCCGGAAGCAUGCACUCGCUGUUGUCAUCAUCCUCGCCUUAUGAUGCGUUUGGCAGCCCUUUCUAUGACAUGUCGCCCGCCACCACCACCACCACCACCUCCGAUGACGCCAUGAUGGAGCAGACGUUGCUUGCAAGCAGAGCGGCAUGGGGCGUGACGGACGACGAUGGUGAAGGCGAUGGCGAAACGCACGUGGCCGUGGGCGCCGCCACCUCUGUCAUUGCAUCCAUGACCACCAUGAGUGAUGAUGACCGUGACAAUGCCGGCAGCAGUCACCACGGCAGCAUUGGCGAUAAUGAGUGAUGCAAUGGCUCCAAUUGCACGUCGACCUCUUUGCGCGUGCGUGCGUGCGUGUCUCUCUCUCUCUCUCUCCCUAUCCUCCCCCCCCCAACUCCUUUCUCUCUUUCCUCUUCGUCUUCCCAGUUUCAGUUGUAGUUGUCGUUCAAGAGCUCUUUGUGAGCAACCUUUACCCCCUUCCACCACGAUGGCUGCUGUACGUGUGCAUGUGCAGGUUGCUCUGUUGUGCGCAUGGGUGUGACGUGACACCUCCACCUGCCCGUCAGUGUGCACCUGCCAACAGCCACGUGGGCAGUCGCGUUGUUUCAUGUUCCUGCCACGCUUUCCCUUCAGCAUAGAUGUGUUUUUCGCUUUCUCUCUCUCUCAAGCGAUGUUGUUUUUGUGGUUUCUUUCUUCUUCUUUUUUUUUCCAUGUUGGCUUUGAGUUUGCCUUGGUCUAGCUACCCUCUCCUCUUCGCCUCUCUUACUUGUUUGUGUGUUUUGUAUUGGUCAGCCGUUCGUUUCAUUUUGGCAUUAGCGCUUCCUAUACUCCAUCUAGCAUCAUCCCUUUCGCUGUUGCUGCUGCUACUACUUCUUUCCUCCCUCUACCAGCUUGGUCGUUAGCCCCCAACCCUCAGUUCGCUUCAGUUCCCACGCACCAGGUUCCGUUUGGUGUGUGUGUGUGUGUGUGUGUGUGUGUGUGUGUGUGUGUGUGUUUCCUUGGUUUUGGCGUGCUGUCGCAUUGUUGAUGUCGCUGUUGCGUGUUGUUUUUCUUUCCUUUAUUGGUCGUUGUCGUUGUUGAUCUCUCGUGCUUUCAAGACGUGUUUUCGCCUCAACAAUUCGCCUGUAGUCGUUGAUAGCAUCUCUUUACCUCGACCCCUAAGUCUACCUCAACCUCCACCCUUACCUCACUCUCCUUCACGUUGCCUUCUAUUGACAACUGCCCUUGUUGAAGUCGUUUGGUGGCUUGGUGGUUUGGUUCAGUAUGGCCCAGUUCGUUGCCUCCCUCCAACCACACGCCACCGUGUGUCCGUCACCUCAGCCUUGGUGCUCUGCACGGUUCCGUGUUCAUCCCUCCCUGUUCAGGAUUCAGCACCCAUUCAAGCUGCCAAGUGCACCCACGUGUUGCGUCGGCGUGGCGUUGGCAACUGCCACUUCAUUUGUACCUGCCAACCAUCCACACGCCAGCAUCAGAUGCGUGCACCAUCAUCGCUUGGUGAUUAGUUCCUUUUUUCCUACAUAAUGUCGUCCCCGUUUUCACCGGGUCGCGCGUCUCCCUUGCUCUCGUGGCACACUGCACACAAAGCGUGGCUGGUUUUGUCUCUUGUUGGCCAGUUUCCCCUUUGGUUCCAAUCCAACUCUGGUUGGGUGCUGAUGUGCUGUGUUGUCGCCACCAUAUCCAUAUCGACAUAUAGCCGCUUCCCUUCGCCGCUGUGGCUGUGGUAGCAUUCUCUCUUCCGUCUCUCUUUCACGCUUCAUUCAUUCGUUCAUGCGUUUCGCUGAGCCGCUGUUUCGGUGAUUUCCCUCUUUGGCCGCAGUACGUCAUCCCCCUUUGCCCUAUCUGAGAGUGUGUCCAUGGGUCGAUUUGAUAAUCCCCCGUUGUUGGUUUCCUUGGUUCGCUCUGCCCCCUUUAUCCACCCGCGCAAGCAUGCACACAUGCACACACACUUGCACACAUGCAGCCACGCAUGCCCUGCAUAUGUGACGUGUGCUGUGUUGUGUCGCCAUCACCCACCAUCUCGCUCCAAUGCCCUCUGCACUCCACAUCCUGCGGCUGCUGCUGCUGCCUGCUGCUGUCAAAGCUUUCGCGUUGGCCCACGGAACUUGGUGGUGUGACGAGUGCAUGUGGUUGGACUGCCUGGUAGUGUUGGUGGUGGUGUAUUGUGUCUAGCGGUUGUGGUGGUGGUGACAGUUGACUUGCUUGCUGCUGAUGAUGACAUGACACACGAUUAGUUGCAUUCCUUUCCUCUGGUUGUUGAUUUGUUGAUAGUUUGCACCUGUGCUGCUCACUGUCUGCAGUGCGGGUUGCGUACCGUGAAUGUGCUAUGCCCGGUAUCGAGUGUUGCUUGGGUGUUGUGACAAUGUACGUUGUUGUUUGUUGUUUGUUGUUUGAUGAUGGUGGUCGUAUGUUCUUCCCCCUUCACGCCCAACUUCAAGUAAACCCACAAUUAGCCCA